AACGGUUUAAAGAGUAUUAAAUUGCAUUACUCCAAAAUAUGCUGCAUAUUUUUCCUUAUUGCUUUUUAUUUUAAGGUUAUCACAUGGCGACAAAUGUGGAUUUGGUUAGCUGAAGCAGAGCACGAACUCGGCUUGAAACAGGUAACAAUUGAGGCGAUUGAUGAAAUGAAACGAUCGAGAGAAAUUAUAGAUUGGCCUAUGAUUCGUGCUGAAGAAAAGCGUUUAAAACACGAUGUUAUGGCACAUAAUUAUACAUUUGGAGAAAUUUGUCCAAAAGCAAGAGGAAUCAUACAUCUUGGAGCAACGUCGUGUUUUGUGCAAGAUAAUUCUGAUUUGAUUAUUCAACGGCAGUGUAUCGAUGUGAUUUUAAAUAAAUUAGCUAUAUGUCUUGACCGAUUGGGUGAUUUCGCUGAUCGAACGAAAGAAGUCGUCACUGUUGGUCGCACGCAUUUGCAGUCUGCUUCUCUUGUUACAGUUGGAAAGCGUGCAAUUAUUUGGGCACAGGAACUUCUGAUGGUUCUUUUAAAGCUAGAAAGAUUUUAUGAAGAAAUGCGGUUCAGAGGUAUUAAAGGUGCAACUGGAACUCAAGAUUCUUUUCUAACAUUAUUUCACGGUGAAGAGGAUAAGGUAGAAAAACUUGAUGAUUUGGUGACUAAGAAAGCUGGAUUUACUCAUCGUUUCUCUAUAUGUGGCCAAACUUAUUCUCGUCAACAAGAUUGCGAUUUGAUCAACAUAUUGGCGUUACUAGGCGCUUCUUUAAAAAAAAUCUGCAUGGAUUUACGUUUUCUUCAGGCGGUCGAUGAAUUAGUGGAGCCUUUUGAGAGUGAACAGAUUGGUAGUUCGGCGAUGCCUUAUAAAAAAAAUCCAAUGAAAAGUGAAAGAAUAUGUAGUCUUGCCCGUCGACUCAUUAGCGCUCCUCAGGAUUCGUUAAAUACUUUUGGUGAUCAAGUUUUAGAGAGAACUCUUGAUGAUUCUGCGAUUCGUCGAAUUCUUAUUCCUGAAUCGUUUCUUAAUGUUACUGAAGGACUUUCGCUCCGUAAAGAAAAUAUCAAUCGUAAUGUUAUGAAUGAACUACCAUUUUUAAUGCUGGAAAAAGCGCUCAUGUGGCUAACUGAAAUAGGCAUUGAUCGUCAACAUGCGCAUGAGAAAAUUCGCGAAGUAGCCUUGGCAGCUAAAGAAGCUUCUAAAUUGGCACCCAUUAGUAUCAACAGCAUAUUGUCUGAUGUUUUUUUCGAUCCUGUAAGAAAUCGCGUAAUUGAUGCGAUAAAUCAACCACUUAGCUUUACCGGUCGAUGUGUUUCGCAAACAGUUCGAUUUUUGAAUGAUGAACUUCGCCCAGCAAUAACUAAAUAUCUUACCGCAGAAGCAACGAAAAAAGUCGAUUUGGAUAUCUAA